ACUGUUGAUAAACCACAAACCACCUACUUAACUAGCUAGGCGGCCUACUCAAAUCUUCAACAUCUCGAGCUCGCCAGCCUGCCCCACGCGGGGACUCCCUCGGUGCUGACUGACGCCGUUCUCUAUAAACGCCACACCAAGAAUCGAGCCUCCGUGGACUAUCGGCUUGUUAUAGCAGCUAUAUCCUCUUUUAAUUUCCGCUUUCAAGUGCAUUGCGUCGGCCUAUUUUUGGCAUCGCACGUGUGCUACACGCCGACUCAUACCAAGUCGGUUGUGAGAGGUGUCAUCGUACAAAACCCCCCCCAGUCCCUCGCCCCGCCGGCGAAGACGCAUUGUCUCACCUAUUCUAUCUUGCCUGGGUCUACAACGAUGGAUGACAUUGCAGACCUCGUCCUCACUCCGUUUAGGGACAUUGUCGAGAAGGGGAGAACAGCCGUUCAAAAUGCGGGUGACACACAGCCAAUGCUCAAAGCUUCCCAAGCCUUGCUCAAGGAGGGCGAACGUGCUCUCAAGAAGAUAGAGCCGCUAUGUAAGAAACACUUUGACGAUUAUGGGCCAAACUUUAUUGCAGCAUUAAGAGACAAUGACGAUAUUGCCCAAUUUCGGCUUCAGCUUACAGAUAUGCUCUGGGAGUUUGAUGACUAUAUUGAAGUAGAUGACUUUGAUGCUGCCAAAUUCACUGAGCUCCAAAUGCAGUCGCGGACGGCAGCUCCUAAGAUUUAUGACAUCCUGUUGAAGAUGAAGCUUGAGGCACCUGCCCAGUUCAACUCUCAGCAUUUCAUGUCCCAGCUGUCUCCCCCUUCAUCCCCUCACCCCAUGCCGACUAUGCUUAUGCCGCAGAUGCCCCCGACGCCUUCAGUUGCUGGCUCCAUCGCUGGCAGAGACUCUGUGUCGAGCUUCAAGACCGAUAGCAAGUCUGUUGGGGAUGCAGCUACCGCUGAGACUGCCAACGAACAAUUAAGAGUGCUGCUUGACAAGGCAUUUAAUACUAGUAACAAUACUAAUAGUAUCGAUCUUAUGUCUCCCCCGAUGCCACCUCCGGACAGGGCGUUGCCUAUGCCCCCGCCAGCGCCGCCAGCGGCAGUGGAUCAGCUGCCUCCUCGACCGCCGUCGACCAACCCAUGGGACAUCAGGAUCAAGAAUAUUGCUUCUGAUGAUGAACGGUCAAUGCGAGACGGCCCUCAAGCACGCCGGCGACCACCAGUCGAUUCAGCGCUCCAGACUCCGGUUGAAGGCUCAUCACCAGGCAGUCCGUUCACUUCUGCAAAGAACUUUUCAAUUCCGCGAUCCAACUAUUCAGAUAGCACUCGCAGCUCAUCAUUAAUGCCAGACAGUGCUCGCAGCUCGGGAUUAUUGCAAGAGUACACUCUUGACGGGGACGACAAGCACUCGUCUCUUACCAGCCAAUUGACAAACUACAGCAUGAGUCCCACUCAAGUCUCGCGGCCACGAGCACCGAGCAGUACCACUACUUAUAGCGGCAGCACCCCAACCAUACCUGAAGAAAUGUCGCGGGACAAGGCCAUCAGAUCGAGGAGCACUUCACGACCCCGCCCAGUUCCCGUCAUGUAUUCGCCAAUGCCGUACAGAUCACAGCCACGUCCACGUCAGCCGUCGUAUCCAACUACCUCGGAGGAGCGUAUGGAGGACACGAAGCCUAGUCCCAGGAAUGAUUCGCUCAGUGAUUCUGCACAACAACAAUCUACAUCUGAGCGAAGGUUGUCAGACGCCGAGAGUCUGCUUGAUCCCAACCCUCUUCCAGUCAGUACAAGGCCGCCCCCCUAUGAUAGGCGGCCAAGCGCUGUCAAUACAGAGCAACAAACGCAGCAACCGCCUCUGUCGGGGCUCGAGCUCGCCCGUCGCAACACAGGCAUGACUGCAAAUGAAAUUCCAGAUAGCGGCCUGAUCCCGGUAGACACUUCUAUGCCUGGUGCUGUUCUUGCAAGUCUGCCUCCCCAAGAUCUCACCAUCGACAAUCAAAGUUCGUUUUACGUGAUGAAACAAUUCUGUGCGGGAGCUACCGAUGUCAUCAACGGAGGGAUCGGUGUGAAAAGGAUAAAGAAACCCGGCUUUUCUGUAACUGCUGUUGCUGCCAAAUGCACACACUGCUUGUAUGAGUUGGAUUUUAAGCAUGUGGAGUUUGAUCUUAACAAACAAGAGGAGGGUAACUAUACUAAGAAUGGCAUCGGAUACCGCUUGCGCUUCUUACAGAAGAGCCAUUUGCACGCAAAGCGGGUUGACGACGUCAUGUAUGCAUGCGUCUUUUGUAUCCACACCAGCCGAACUCUGGAUCAGAGCGACUCAACUGUUUUCACAUCGACCGCCGCGUUGUUUGCCCAUUUGGCUCGCCACCCUCGGCCGCUUCCGGAUGUGCCUGGCAUUGCCGUGGUAGACCAGACUGAGGUUCCGCCUCAUUUAGUCAAUGACUACGAUCUCCUGUUUAACAGCCCGCCUGAACCUCACCCGGUACGCGAAAGGGCAGCAGAGAUUGCUCACCUUCCCACUGGCCAUGCAAAGGAGUCGGCUAGGAGACUCUUUGGUCAGAGGCUGCUCCCUGAUAGGACGCCAGCUUUGGAACUGAUACAAGGCGCAAAGAUUACGGGAGUGACGUGGCCUGCUCGAUAUGGGGGAGAAUGGGCUUUUGGAUGGCACGAUGGUGUAUUCGCAUCGAUCCCAGUCGAAAUAUUAAAGCUGGAUCGACCUCCCUUCAGUUUAAUCAAGAGGAACAACUCAAGUCGCGUCCGAGCCAAAGCCAGAUGGAAGUUUUCAGUGAAGGAAAAGAAUGAAGACUGGCUCAAGUUUGAUAAGGACGAGAUCAUCACCAACAUAAGUUGGUCAUCUCCCGAGUAUUGGUGCUGGUCGGGCACAAACGCAAAGGGCAAAUGGGGAGUCUUCCCUCAGGCUUUCCUUGACCCGAACUCACUGCAGGAGAUAUCUUCCAUGAUUGGUUCAGAUCGAUCCAGCAUUCUCAGCAACGAGAAAAAUAAAUCCGGUACUAUGCUGACAAGCUUUUCCACACGGAGCAAGAAUGGACGCCCACCUAGCGUUGCGGGAUCGACAAGCAGCGGAGAAACGACACGAUCAGGAUUUGGAGGCUCAAGGAGCCUUCGGCGACUGCGGGGGGAGUGAUUAAACAGAAAAUAUUGGGUAGCAAUGGGAGUUUUCGUUUCAUGGCGGGCGUUCGGUGACCCCAGCUCGCAAAUCAAUUAAU